AUGUUCAAAAUCUCAACAGUAUUACUAGUGGCAGCGAUUACGAUAAAUUACUAUCUUGCACUAAGAUACAAUCUGCAGAGCCAGCUACCGAAAGAGACCACCUACAACUACAAUCCACUUGCAAAAGGUCAACCAAAGUUGGCCACCAAUUCAUAUCUACGAAAGCAUUUCCCACCACGAAAUUUGGAGCAAAUUGGUAAAGAAAAUGCUACAAUGAUAAUGCUUGUUCGCAAUGGGGAGCUUGAAGGAGCACUUUCAGCAAUGCGUUCACUUGAGGAUAGGUUUAACAGAGAGUACAAGUACCCUUGGGUCUUUAUGAACGAUGAACCAUUUGAUGAAGAAUUUGUUGAGAAAACAAGCUUAAUGGCCAGCGGUGAGACUUAUUACGAAUUAGUACCCGCAGAGCAUUGGCAACCACCACCAUACAUAAACAAAACCAGGUUGGAUGAGAACUUAAACACAUCAACAAAUGUGCUUUACGGGUUUCUGAGGUCGUAUAGAAAUAUGUGCCAUUUCUAUUCCGGAUUCUUUUACAAGCAAGAACGGCUAUUGAAUUAUGAAUGGUACUUUAGAGUUGACCCCGAUGUUGAAUACAUGUGUGAUUUUCAAUACGAUCCGUUCCAGCUACUUCGUGAAAACAAUAAAAUAUAUGGGUUUGUCAUCGCCAUUACAGAGUUUGAAAAUACCGUUCCAACCCUUUGGGAAAAUGUCGAAGCGUUUAUGGAGAAACACCCCAACUUGCUCCAUCCAAAUAAUGCUCUUGACUUUUUGACAACUCACGAAACUACAAUCACCCACUUUAUGACAUUCACUGAGUCAACAUCAAGGUAUAAUUUGUGUCACUUUUGGUCAAACUUUGAAAUUGGUAACCUCAACUUCUUUCGUAGUGAAGCAUAUGAGACCUAUUUCAAACAUUUGAGUGAAGCUGGGGGAUUUCAUUAUGAAAGAUGGGGUGAUGCUCCGGUGCACUCAAUUGGUGUUUGUCUCCUAGCUGACAAGAGCCAGAUUCACCAUUUCGAAGACAUUGGUUACUACCACGCGCCAUUCUUAGCUUGUCCUCAUUCAGAAGAUAUUAUUGCCUCUAAAAGAUGCAUCUGUAAACCAAGAGAUGCGAAUCAUGAAAUGAAUCGUACAAUUGAUGUUAAUGCUCAUAGUUGUUUAUCGCGAUGGUGGAAGUAUGGUGCAGGAAAGUCCUUUUUAAACGAGGUCGACUGUCAUCGUUGGUAA